CCUCGCAGUCACUCGGCCGACUUCGAACCGAUUAUUUCUACGUUCCGUUUAUUCGUUUUCUCGUAACCGAUCGUACCUAUGCACCUCCGCGGCGGAUCAACGACAAGAGCCGAUCGUGCAGGCAGCAGUAGAACGUCCUGAGAGAUCGCAAUCAAUCGCCAAACCUCCAACGGCGGAAGUUCGCGCGAAAUUUAAAGCUUGAUCGGUUCACUUAUAUUUUUGCAAAAAGUGCCGAUUUUCGAUAAAUUCGAACGGAAAUUUCACUCUAAAACAAACGGCCGCGUAUUUGAAUAAUCAAGUGCGCGAUUAAAUGGAAAAAAUUUUAACCGUUUUAAAAGUUGAAUUCAUAAUUCAAAAUUGAAUUUAUAAUUAAGAGGAAAAAGUUGAAAACAGAGAGACAGUUGAAAAUCAUCGGCCGAUUUUCGCUUGUUGCUGUCAACCACUUAACCACGUUAGUUCGCUCCCGAUUACCGUUUCUUCGUCAUCAGCAGCGACAUACUUGGCACCGACUUUCUCCUUGUGCCGCUCGGCUCGUCGUGAAGUCCGAUCAACUCGCGGAUUGACGGCCUACGAUUGUAUUGAUUAAACGAAGAUAACGGCCGAUCCGAAGAAAAAUCAAGUAAACGAUCGAUUGAUUAAGGUGUGGAGUGGGUUGAAGUGUUGUGCAGUUCAGAUUAAAGAGGAACGGGUCACUGCGAAGUGAACCUGUGAGAAAGAUCAAAAAACCAAGAUGAGGGUACAUCGUGGGAUUUGUGCAAAAUUGCAGGGAGGAUUCCUCAGGCGAUGGUGGGCAGCGAUUGCAUUUGGAGCGUUCCUAAUAAUAAUUGCAGUAAUACUGGCAGCGUUAUUUCCGAACCUGAUUAAUUUAGUGAUAAAUAAACAAGUAGCCCUGAAGGAAGGCAACAAGGCAUUUGAUUGGUGGAGAGCACCACCUGUGUCCCCGCACAUGCAUGUAUAUAUUUAUAAUGUAACGAAUGCUGAUGAGUUCCUUAACAAUGGUGAAAAACCAGUACUGCAGGAGCUUGGUCCAUACGUGUACAUAGAAACUUGGGAGAAAGUCGAUGUUACAUUUAAUGGAAACGAUACAGUCAGUUAUAAGCCCAAGAAGGAAUUUAUCUUUUCUCCGGAUUUUUCAGCAGGAUCAGAAGAUGAUCUUGUAGUGGUACCAAACGUACCAAUGUUAUCAGCGACCACUCAGUCGAAGCAUGCAGCUCGGUUUCUUCGAUUAGCAAUGGCAUCCAUCAUGGAUAUUCUGAAAAUCAAACCAUUUGUUGAAGUUUCUGUUGGUCAACUUCUCUGGGGAUACGAAGACCCCUUAUUAAAAUUAGCCAAGGACGUAGUGCCCAAGGAGCAAAAAUUGCCAUACGAUCAGUUUGGUCUCCUCUACGGGAAAAAUGGCACAUCGCCUGACAAUUACACAAUCUAUACUGGUCAGGGUGACAUCGCUAAGUAUGGAAUGCUCGAAAAGUGGAAUGGCAAGAUGGGGUUGGGUCACUGGACCACUCCGGAAUGUGAUAGUGUUAUGGGUACUGAUGGUAGCAUUUUUCCUCCACACAUUACAAAAAAUACUGUCCUCAAAGUAUUUGACAAAGAUCUCUGCAGAGCCCUACCUUUGGUCUUCCAAAAAGAAGUAACUACUUCAGGUGGAAUUCCAGGAUACAGGUUCACACCACCCACAAAUGUCUUCGCGUCCACAGGAAAUCUGGACUCGAAUAAAUGUUUCUGCCCAGGGGGUCCACCCUGUGCUCCUGAAGGAACUUUUAAUGUCUCAUUAUGUCAAUAUGAGUCACCUGUUCUUCUUAGUUUUCCUCAUUUUUAUCUUGCGGACCCCUCGCUACGAGAAGCAGUAAUUGGCGUGUCUGCACCUGAUCCAGAGAAGCAUCAGCUCUUCAUCGAUGUACAGCCGACAAUGGGCACAGCCCUGAGAGCAAGGGCCCGUAUCCAAAUUAAUCUCGCUGUAAGUCAAGUGAGAGACAUUAAGCAGGUUGCUUCUUUCCCAGACAUCGUUUUCCCAAUAAUGUGGUUCGAAGAUGGAAUCGAUGAGCUUCCCCAGGAAGUGAAAGCUCUGUUGAAGAUUGCAGUAGAGGUUCCUCCAAUUGCAAGAGCAGCAGUGUCAGGUGCCUUGGCCGUUAUCGGUCUAAUUGUCCUCGUAGGAGCUUUGAUGUGUCUAGUGAGAGCAGCAAAACGUCAAGAAAAAUUGCAUUUGACGACACCGUUGCCCGCGAAUGCUAGCAACAAGACCGGUCAGCUAAAUCCAGCCUUCCAAAACCCGAAGUAGAAAAGUUUGCAAAGUCGAUGGAUGCAGUGGACGCAAUGAACGCAUUAUCCCAGAAUCCAACAGAGCCCCAGUAUGAUCUCCAAUCUUCGCGACGACAGCGACCUUAGCCGUUGCUAUCUUGCUCUCAUAAAGUUAAUAUUUUUAUUUUUUAUGUCUGCGAGCCAUCCGCAACAACAUCCUUUAGCACCUUUGUGGCUUCGACUGGUUGAACCAGUGCUGGUUUACUAGUUUUCCCUUCUUCCCUCGGCCAUUGGCGCCGCGAGGUAAAGUUUGCUCCCGUCGCCUUCACCCCGUGUCUUGUACAGCAUAUAUGACGUGAUAUUUAUUAUGUUCUUUAUUUUGUCUGAGACGAAGUCGAUUAUCCGGAAGGAUUUUUAUACGAAUACUUAUGUGCACUGGACGGGAUUUGCGGGAAGAUUAACAAUUGUAAUCUGGAGAGAAUGAAUCUUCAAUGUCGCAUCAUACGGAUUUCAUAUGGAUGACCGAAUCAUUUUUAAAAGUCAUUUAUUAUUAUUAUUGAUUCAAUUGGAGAUUGUAGGAUUUACAUUGUGAGGGUUGAUCCCAGUAUUUAUCCAUAAUCCACUUACAAAAAGAUAUAUUUAAAUAAGGGAAACAUUUUUUAUUUAUACCAUUGGACGAAUCUUUCUUUACAAGGAAAACCUUGGUUUGUAAUAAAUUUGCUUGACUUCUGUAAACUUUAGUCAGAUCAUCAUUAAAUUGGGAAUUAUGAGGAUAUUAUCUUAGGAUUUGAAAGGUGUUUAAAUUCACCUAUAUUUGUGAAACUUUAAGUCUCCUUUAAUUUUAUCGGGAUUACUAUGUAAGGAAGAUUGGUUUAAUUUAAACAAAUUAUUUGCUCAAUUAUAUAUAACAAAGAAAGCUGGUUUUAUUUUAAGGAAUAUUUAUAAUGCUUACCUUCAACUAGAAGGGAAAGUUUUAUUAGUUACUUUAACGAGAAAAAUAUAUUUAAUCUUUAAUUUCAUUUAUACAUAAUGUUACAAACAAAAGUCGCAAAAGAUAUUCAAAAUGUUGCCAAGUGUAAGAUGUAAUAUUUAUAAUAUUACAAAAUUAGAGAUUAACUGAAACAAUAUGAAAUUAUGAAAGCUCUCUCUCUCUCUCUCUCUCGCUCUCUCUCUCUCUCUCUCGAAUUUCUUAAAUAUGACAGGAUUUUUGCCAAAUUUCAAUAAGAAGGGAAGAUCCAAAAAUUCAUUUAAAAUUAUGGAGGCGAAAAUUCUUUAUUUUGUUCUUACACAAUUUUUAAAUGAUUAGGAUCUAACCUUAUCAAAGUUAUUUCCCAUUGGAAUUUUUGAGAUGCGAAUAACUAUAACAAAAUAAAUAUUACACUCUUAAAUCUCCCACGUGAUUAAAAUGACAUGGUUAGCGAAGAAAAUCUGGAAAAGUUUAAUAGAGAAAGAUUGGUUAGAUUCUAAUACACUAUAAUUAUAGCACGAUUCUAAUAAGCUUUUUAUUUUAAAAAUAAAUUCGAAUACACUUUAUUCGUCAGAAUAAAUCACCAAUUUUCCAUUUCUACAAAAUCUUCAACAUUCUCAGUUCUUUAUAAUCCUUGCAAAUACCAGAGAGGUAAUAAGCCGAUCAAAGAAUUUUGUAAAGUUGAUUCGAAUCUAAAUCACUACAAUAAUUGAAAGCUAAGUUGAUUAUUAAUAUAAAAAUUAAUAAUUGUGGCCAUAAAAAGACAAGUUUAAAAGUUCAGCCGAAUGUGUGAUAAAACAUUUAAGAUUCAUUUUCUAAACGAAGAAAAAUCGAUAUAAAGACUCGAAAUUUAUCAAAAUCAAAUACUUUUUUGUUGAAGAAUGAUAUUCAGCCAUUUUAUAGUUUGACGAUUGGGAUUUUACCUCUUGAUUAGUUAUUUAAAAAUGUACGUACAUAAAUCGAAACUUCAAUAGUAAAAUUGCAUCUGAUUAUCAAAAGACAUUGAAUUGAAUCGCCUUAUUUUGAAAGUUUUUUCUUUAAAAUUUAGAAGUCACUUCAAAAUAAACUCCCUUUAGUUUAUCUUUGCGCUGCAGACGAAUAAAAGCUAUAAACUUACAGUAUACAAAUCUGAAGAACGACUGGUCUUGCAACUAAAAGAAAUACUUUUUUCGAUAAAAAGAGAUAUAAUUAUCUAACCAAAAACAAGAAAUAAGAGCGUAUCUUCAAAUCGGACUAUAUUAGUGGGCUAAUAAUGUAAUAAAAUAGCGAUCAAAUUUAAAGAGAUUUUAAAUUUACAAUAUUCACUUGCAAACAUCAGUUUUUGAACAAUUUCGGUCUGGAUGUCGAUGUACUUAAUUAAAAUGAAUUUAAGAACCAAAUUUUUAUUGAAAUUUAAACUUCAAUUUGAAUUUCUAUUACAAAUUAUAUUAAAAGAGCAUCUGAAAUUGCCGUUUAUAUUGUUUAAACAAGUUUGAAAAAAAUAUCAUUUCGUUCGAAGUGUGCAACAAAAUAAUUAAUGAAUAUGUCUAAUGGAAGAUUUGAGUUUUUUCCAAGUGUUACUAAUGUCAAAAGAACAAAAACUAUAUAGAUUUACAAAAUUAAUUCAAAUUAAUUCAAUAAUUGUUUCCAAUUGUGUAAAUAUUUAUUUUUUUUUAAUUCAGAGAAUGGACAUGGGUUUCUUCAAAUUUAGACUAAUUUAUUUUGCAUGUCUUCUUUGGUUCUAAAAUAUUCAGAUUUUAUCUGGAAAAACGAAACAACCACUCAGGAAUAAUCUUGUUCAGAACAUGAAAGAGGCAUAAUUUAUUAAUUAACAAAAUGAAAUCGAAAUUACAGUUUUAUAUUCCUGAUAAACCACGUUUUUUCGCCAUGUAUCGUUCUUACUGAAUAACUUGACCCUGAAGUAACGAUGUUUGCAAAUGGCAUAAUGAUAACGUUUUGUCAACUUAAGUUUUGUUUUUUUAAAUUUGCUACGUAUUUCGCAAGAUCCGCCUCUUGUUUUUAUCCUCCAUCCAAUCAUACUUUUCCCUCUUCCUAACUCUUCUUUAAAACUCUAGAAUUCGAUUACAAAGAGGAUGCUUUACUUUAAAAAAAUAUACCUAGUUUAAACACAAUUUUUAUCAAAAUGGUGUGUCCUCUACUUUAUCUCAAAAGUGCAUUGGUGUUCCUUAAGAUAUUGCUCUAAAUAAAUGUGCCGGUAGUGAAAAUUAAAAGAUGGAAAUAUAAGAAAGCUGAAAGUUUUUUUAUUUCGAAUGAAAUUGUUGAUUCUUUUAAUUAUUGAUUUUUAUCGUUCCUUUGAAGAGGGUAGAAAUGUUCAAAAAUGUUGAGUGCCUUGAAUUCGUUAGUAGUUAAUUCGUGGGAAUAAAACGUUGUUAUUGGAGUUUGAAUCUUGUGUAGCUGGUACAUAACUUUUAUACUUUUCCCAAUUCUCUAGAAUAAACUCAAAAUAUGUAUACCCAUUGCAACCAAUUUUAGACAACACGACUUCGAACAUAUGCAUUGUAAAGUUUUAUAUUGCAAUUGUAGAUCAAGCUCGGAUUAUUUAUUUGUAAUUAUCCGUUAUUGUAGAGUUCCUUGCUCAUCGUGAGAAAAAUGCAAAAUAUAUUUGUGUAUAAAGAGAAAUGUCAGGAAACGGUCGUAGAAUGUUUGUUUAAAGUUUUAAGAAGUAAAAAAGGAAUAAUAAUUAAUUUUUUCCGUCUGUUGUAAUUAUGUUGAUUAUAAUUGUAUUGAUUAUGACUUUGUAUAUGUUUUAUUAUAAAUAAUUGUAGGCAUAUAAUUGAUAGGUAAAUUUACGUUUUGUACAAUAAAGAUCAAAGAUGCCAAAUAAUUCAAAAA